CCCGCAGUGCGCAAGCGCGCAACAUCUCCGUUUCCCUCCCUCAGCCCCCUGCCCUCCCCUCCCUCCUUUCCCCUUCGCGAAGCCGGCUCCCGGGCGCGCUCACCCUCGUGAGGAGGCCGGACUCGGGAGGCGCGCUCUCCACGCCCGGGAGACCAUGUACCAGCCCAGCCGGGGGGCGGCCCAGCGUCUCGGCCCCUGCCUGCGUGCCUACCAGGCCCGACCCCAGGACCAGCUUUCUCAACGGACUCUUCCAUUCCCUCCUCUUUGGCCCCACUCCACAACUGCCACCUCCCCGGCUCCUCUUGUCUGGUCUCCCCGAGCUCUACCCUGGCACCUUCCCAGCCUGCCUCCCCCUCGGGCUCGCCCCCGACCGCUCCCGCUCCCUCUCCCUGGGAUCCAGGCCCUCAGCUCGCCAUGGACAGUCCUCCCUCCAGGAAAGGGGGAGGAGGGCCCAGGGCCAGAGUUGCACAGUGGUUGCCUGGAGGGACUGAGGAGCCUUUUUGAGGGAGCUCCCUGCCCCUACCCUGGGGCUCUAAUCCCUUUCCAAGCCCCUGGAGCUGCCCACGCAUCCCCUGGCACCCCGUCAGGCGAUCCUAGUAUGGAGGAACACCUGGCUGUCAUGUACGAGAGACUGAGGCAGGAGCUGCCAAACCUCUUCCUUCACUCCCACGACUAUAAUCUCUAUUCGUCAGAUGUGGAAUUCAUCAAUGAGAUUCUGAAUAUUCGUACCAAGGGACGGACCUUAUACAUUCUGUCACUGACCCUCUGUCGCUUCCUGGCUUGGAACUAUUUUGCACAGCUUCGGUUGGAGGUUCUACAGUUGACUCGCCACCCAGAGAACUGGACCCUGCAAGCUCGCUGGCGGCUUGUAGGGCUGCCUAUCCACAUGCUCUUCCUGCGUUUCUACAAGCGUGACAAAGAGGAGCUUUACCGGACCUACGAUGCCUAUUCUACCUUCUACCUGAAUUCCAAUGGCCUCAUUUGUCGCCAUCACCUCGACAAACUGAUGCCUUCACACGCACCUCCUGCACCUGUGAAGAAGCUGCUAAUGGGAGCCCUGGUGGCUCUGGGGCUGUCAGAGCCAGAGCCCAACCUAAACCUGUGUUCCAAGGCCUGACCCGGGAACUAGGAUGAGGACAGCACUGACAACUACUACGCACAAGAGAGGUGGAGGCAGCGAGACCCCCGCCGAGCCAGCUUCCUCCUCUCCCUUCUUCCUUCCCAUCUCAUGCUGUGUAAAGCUGCUGUGUAAUUUAACUUGUAAAUAAUAAAGUGACUAUAUGAGAUGGAAUAUCUCUGGAUCCCAGAAGUUCCCACAGGUUUUACUCAAAAAAUAAUUUUAUUUAAUAGAUAUUAAAUAAUAUACAGAAGGAAAAGGAGCU